AUCACCACAACUGCUCCUACUAGUACUAGUUAAAACAUCUGUCGUCGUGCUCACGACAUGCGCGCCUCCUCCUCCGCACCUUCUUCUUCCCCUUCUUCCCAGUACAUCGUUGAGCUCUUCCACCGUACUCCACCAUUGUUUUGUUUCUCCCCAUCCCCAUCUUCGUCGUCAGCACCACCCAAGCAUUCUCCGCGCUUGCUCUGCUCCAGGUGGCGCUGCGGGGAUGAGCGGCGCGACGGUGGAGGAGGUGCAGAUCCAGGAGGCUCUCCUCUUCUCUGAAACCAUCAAGGGUCUCAAGACACUGAGGUCGCAGCUGUACUCCGCGGCAGAGUACUUCGAGCUUGCCUACACGCAGCAAGACGAAAAGCAGGCGGUGACGAACAACCUCAAGGAGUAUGCCGUGAAGGCCCUCGUCAACACCGUCGACCACCUGGGCUCCAUAUCUUUCAAGGUGUCCAGCCUAAUCGAUCAGAGGUUCAGUGAGGCCACCGAUGCCGAUCUCCGGAUCUCCUGCAUCCACCAGAGAACUCAGGCCAGCCAAGCCUGUGUCGACAGAGAGGGCAUUUCGCAGCAGUCCUUGGUGAUCACUGCCCCAAAGUAUCACAAGAGAUACAUCUUGCCAGCUCAAGGCCAGUCAAUGCCCAGUGCCAUGCCCAACUUCAGGGAGAUGAACAAGGUGGUCGUCACAGGCAGGGCGUCUCAGAUGCAUCAAGUAUUCAGCGCAGCUGAAACAAGAGCUAAAGAGAAGAAGCAGCCUUCACUCAGAAAGUUGCAAUCCAUCGCUCGCCUACCUUCGCAGCGUGCACGUUCAGCGUCGCCAGCACAGCGUGCGCAUCCCAUGGCACCAGCUAAGAACGCUACACCCACCAACAGAGCAGAUAAGCGAUCGGAAUCACCAGUUCCUUCGACAGCUCCAGCUCCACUGACAAGGUCCGCGUCGCUCUCAAAGAAGGCAUCCUUGCUCAAGACAUCAAGCGUCAGGGCUCAGGCCGCCGUCUCACAGCCCAAGAAACUGGCACCAAUGAGGACGCAGGUCGACAGGAGCGACGAUUCCAAGGACGGUGAGCGUACCCCUAAGAAGAGCAAGAAGUUCCUCAAGUCCAUCCUCAGCAGGCGCAAGUCCAGAAAAGAUGAGCCGCUGCCGAGUUACUUUGACGACUACUGAGCCACAGGAUUUUUUUUUCUUCUCCCUCCGUUGGACGGCACCGCGCGCGGUCUCUGCGUACUCCUACUUCAGUUUGUUUCACUUUCAUCCAAGUGUUAUGUUCUCAAUAUAAAUAUCGUCUUCGUAUAGAAAAUAGCUUAAAGUUUACAUGAAUGCAGUGGGAAGUUUCAGCAAGAUGUCAUCACCCCACUUGCCUGUUUCUAUAAGAGAUGCUCAGAUCAAGAGUAAACCUGUAACAGUCGAUGGGAAUACACAAGUAACACAGAAA